AAAUCAGCCUGUAAUGUUUUACACAUUUAAAAGUAUUUCUGUAUGUCAUUUGUGUUUCUUUUGCUUGAUGAAUCCUUAGUUUGUAAUAUUGUAAGCACAUUUCACCUCUCUUUUAUGGUUCAGUUUUAAAGAAAAGUGUAGUCUAGUGCUGUCACAAUACAUUUUAUUUUAAUCGCAGCGCUAAAUAGAGAACCAAUGGAUGAAGCAAGAUGGUUUUGUCAUGUUAUUCUUCAGGCCGCACUCAGUCUUUGUGAGAAAAAGAGUUGUGGUGCUUUAUUUGCUACACAAACAAUGAGAAAAAAAUGAGAUCAGAGUUCGUCUGAUGACCCACAAACAUGUCGACGCAACAAAGUGACACAGACUCUUCAUUUGGCUGGACCAUAAUAAGCAAUAAGGGCUCAGAUAUUGAAACUGCACCAGAACAUGAGGAAGUACAACAGGAAGACGGCGUGAUGAACGAUGGCUCACUCGAUGAAACUGUGGAGGACAGAACCAUACUGGAGACUCUGGGCGCCUCAGAGCUGGUUGGGACUCCCGAGCCUGCUGAUGCAGAGCUGCUGUCCUUCAGCGACCACUCCGACAUCGUGUCCCUGGACGGCCUGAAGGAGAGCAGGAACGCAGAGGACGACAAUGACUAUUUUGGGGCAGCUUGUAGCAGCCAGUAUGCCUUCACACUCCCAAAGACAGUGGAGCCGUCUACAGUCGCACACACCAGCAGCAGUGAAGAGCAGGCAGAGAAAAGUUCCACCAGUGUUCUGCGUCGACGGAGGACCAGGAGAAACACGGCCAGCACGAUCGGCAGAGAGGAGGAGACGGACGAAGACGGCUCGCUCGCGCCUGCUGCUGCUGCAGACCUGAAUGAGCUCAGCCUCACCAACUCACGCCUGCUGCCCAUUCUUCUGGUUGUUGUUGGCAUGACCGUCUACUGCGUCCUCGCUCCUUUCUUGGCUGGAAACGUAAAGCUUCAGGAGAAUCCGGCGAAAGCUAGUGGACUGGAACUGGACAAGCUGCAGGAGAUCUGGGAGCUGCUUCAAACCCAUAUGACAUUCCGAGACCUUCAGCAACUGGACGACCAGAGAGUGUUUUCACUGCUGGUAAAGGUGCUUCUGAAAGUGCACAAGGAGAACCAGGAUUUUCAGGCUCUGCAGGCCAAAAAGGUGGCCCUGGAUGACGCCCUUAUGAAAAGGGAAAGCCAGGAGAGGACCAACAUUUUGUUGGAGCAGCAGCGGGCGUCCCUGUCCGCCAUGCAGCAGGAGCUGAAAAGCCUGCACUUGAAGAUCCAGCAUUCACCCAUGAAGGAUGUGGUCAGCCGACUGCAGUCAGAAAACAAGAGGCUGAAAUUACGGCAGGUGAGGCAGGAGCAGAGCAGGAGGAGCUGGGAUGCAUGGAGAGAGGAGUUACUUGCUGAGGUCCAGACCCUGAGGAGCAAGCUGCUCUCUGUGGAGAGGGUCAGAGAUGUGCUGAAGCAAAAGAUAGUUGGACUGAAAACCAAGAAGAUGGAAAAGGAGAACGAAUCACAGGAGCUGAGGUCUCAACUGGCGGCGGUGGAGAAGAAACUGAACUUCGAGCAGCAGCGGUCCGACAUGUGGGAGCGCCUCUAUGUGGAGGCCACGGCCAGAGAAAAGGGCGACACGGACUCCGAGUGGGAGAAAAGUGAGGGCAUGGGCGAAAAGCUGAAGAAGACCUACGAGAAAGCAAAGGAGGCGGUGAAAGCGAAUCUGCGGAGAUUCAAGGAUUCCAUCGUCAGAGGUUUCUACAACAGGAACUGCAAAAAGCCCGACGGUGUGUUCUGCCCUUGGCCCAACUACCACAACACUCGGAAACCGAGCGACACGUUCGAUCCCUUCCGGGGUUUCGGCGCCUCGACCCCAGUUCGAGCGGAGGAGUUCAACCUGCUGCUGCAAAAUUACCUGCGGCACGUCGGCCUCUCCCACAACUGGACUGAGCUCAAGAUGUUCGUCAGCAAGUUCUUCAGAAACGGGUUCUUCAUCCACGACCAGAUGCCCUUCCGAGAAUUCAUCAGCAGGGUGAAGAGCCGCCUCGCUCAUAUGAACGGCUUCGACAGCAACCAGUUCGAGGACCUCGACUUGUACGUCAACCUCAUUUGACCUGGUGAGUGCAGGUCCAGUUGUUGCAAGUACCACUCAGCAGGAGCCAAAAUACUUCACAGAGAUGGUGUGCACUGGUGCACCCAGCAGCAAAAAUGCGUUGAGGUGUGCAACCUGCAAGUGAAUGGAAUACUGACCAGGCUUCGAAUAUUGUGGUGAGAUUUAAGAAUGUUUUGGGGCAGGCUUUUAGCUAGGGGGGCGUCUGGGCGUCUGCAAAACAUGAAAAAAUGGACGCCAGAUUCUCGACCGUAGCUUGGCCACCAGAUGCCACCAUUUAUCAGCAUCUGAAAUCUUGCGCACCAAAAUUUGGGGUAAAUUUUAAGAGACUCUUUUACUUGUUUUUUUUUUAAAGGUGAUUUUGGGGUUAUUCAUAUCUCAAUCAUUUGGGUGCACCAGUGCACUCCGACUUGGCAUCAAGGGGAAACUUGCUCCUGGUAUUUGAACCCCUGCUCGAGUGACACAUUUAAAAUCAUAUUGAGCUAAGGUUUGAAGUCUAUCCACACAGUUGCUUAACAACAACAUUACCCUCGCUCUUCUAACUUCAAAUAGAGAUUCAAUAGAGAGUCAACCUGGUCUGUGCCAACACACUAUAUUUCAGCACCUUUUGAUGAAUGCAGUCAAGCGUGCAAGGCUCCUUGAGAAUGUUGAGCAGCAUCACAUGACCUACCCUCUCGGUGGAGCUGAGGAAGAGGUGACACUUCGCUACAAGUGACGUCACAGUACAAAAAGACAUUUGUAAAUAUUAAGGAGAUGAUAUAUUUUUGUUUUCGUCCUAUGAUGAUGAUGUCACUCCUGUUUAAUUUAAGGCUGCUGUUCUGGAAUUUUUAUUGUUCACUUUAUUAAUAUUGUCUUGAGGCCAACUUGGAGCUUUUCUUCAACGUGUUUAUGAUUGUAGCUGAUAUAGUUUUGUCCAUGCGAUACAUUCCUCCUUGCUUCAAAAAGUGUUGCAAUUUGGUUCACUUCAGAAACUUGGUUUUUGCGUGACGUGUUCGUGGGUCAAACACUGGACAAACUGCUUGGCAUCAAGUUUUAAUGUUUUAUAAAAGCUGCAUAGUUCCAGUUGUGUCAGUGCCUUUUGUAAAUAAAGACGUUUCCUCCGA